AAAGAGUACCUACAGUAAUAUUUGUGCUUAAGAAUUUGCUCAUCUGCAUUCUUUACUGUAAUUAAUAAGCAUAUUUAUCCUCCAUAAUGCCACGCCGGAAACGAUCUUCCCGUUGGGAGGAGACUAAACCUCCGACGGCUGCGGCGGAUUUCUCCGCUUCAUGUAAAGCAGCAGCAAAUAAGGAGUUUGAAGAAAUUGAUAAAUGGUUUUAUACUUAUGCUGAUACUUCCUCUGGUUUGAUAGAGCCUGAUGGUGUUCUCCAUCUGUGCUCUGACUUGGGAAUUGACUACACUGAUGUCAGGAUAUUACUCCUUGCUUGGAAAAUGCAAGCAAAAAAACAAGGUUUCUUUACUCUGGAGGAGUGGAGAAAAGGCAUCAAAGAUCUAAAUGUUGAUACAAUAGAAAGAUUAAAGCAAACAAUUACAAAACUUGUGGAUGAGGUGAAACAUUACUCAACAAUGUUAUUAGACUUCUAUACCUAUGCGUUUAAGUAUAACCUAACAGAGUUUUCAGAAAAGUCGGUAGAUAAGGAGACCUGUUGUACCCUGUUAGAGAAUAUUUUAGGUUCCAAGUUUCAAUCACAGAUUGCAAAGCUUAUUCAGUAUUUAAUGUCUCAAACAGAGUACAAGGCUUUAAACAUGGAUCAGUGGCUUGGAGUUUAUAGGUUUUGCCAAGAGAUUAGCUUUCCAGACUGUAGCAACUAUGGGGAAGAGGAUGCGUGGCCGGUGAUUUUAGAUGAUUUUGUUCAAAUGGUUAAGACCACCUCCAUUGGUGCCAUUUGAUUAAUACUCCCUCUGUGUCGUUAAGAUCUUCUCGUUUUGACUUUUUGUAGUUUUUAAGGAAAAAUUGGAAUAAAUUAAAAGUUUACCAAAAUGUCUUAAUGAAAAUGGAUGGAGUGUAUUAAAUGAGGUGGGCGAGGUACACUAAAUAAAGUAAGUGGGG